AUGGAUACCCAAAGUAGUAACGAAGAGCCUGAAAGUCAGCUUUCGCAACGUGGCGCUCGGCCAAAAUCAAGGAUGGCCCUCGGCCUCCUUAUUGAGGCAGUUCAACAGUACCCCUAUUUAUAUGACUUGUCUCACAAGGUGUACAAGGAUGCCAAGAAGAAGCAGUUAGCCUGGCAGCAAAUAGCUAAUUUGCUAAAAUGUAGUGUAAAAUUAUUUAAUGAGGAUGUCAGAAAAAACAGAAAAUUAUUAAGCUAUCUUAAAGAUGUAACGAGUUUUUUGGCAAAGCAAGAGCUAUCUUUCAGAGGCCACGAUGAGACAUUUGAUUCAUUUAAUUCUGGAAAUUUUCGAGAGGUUUUUAAUUUAAUUACAAAAAGGGAUUUGGAGAUGCAGGAACAUUUGAAAAAAAUUGGAAAUAUAUUUUCUGGAUUAUCUAAGACCAUUCAAAAUGAUUUAAUUAAUUGUAUUUCGGAGCAUGUUAGAGAAACAAUAAAUAAGGAAAUAAGCGAAGCUCUAUUUUUAGCAGUACAGGCAGAUGAUACUACAGACAUAAUGGAAAAAUCACAGUGCGCUAUUUCUGUUAGAUAUGUUUCCAAAAAUGGUGAAAUUAGAGAACGAUUUCUAGGAUUUCACGACGUGAGCGCCGAUAGAACUGCAGAUGCAUUGUAUAACUUAAUCACGGGAAUUUUAACUCCAUUUGACUAUAAAAAUAAAUUAGUCGGCCUAUGA